CCCAAACCGGCCACCACUUUUCUAUGUGUUCCCGUUUAUCACCUCUCCAAAUGCCAGCCUAAACACUGAACUUGUCGCCGUUCAGAUGAAGUAAGGAACUGGCCAGAAGCUAUCUAUCAAGAUGACUAUCCGCGAGGAUAUCGUCGCCUCGGCGGCCAAGUUCUUACAAGAUCCCAGCGUCGCUGCAUCCCCAGUCGAGAAUCGCAUCGCGUUCCUCCAAUCGAAGAAUCUAACUCAAGAGGAGGUCAACGCUGCUUUGGCUCGCGCGGCAUCUGAGAACGGAACCGCGCCACCGUAUGCGCCUCCCCCUUCAUCAUCAGCGCCGGGCCAGCCGCAACCAUACUAUGGACAGUAUUCCCAACAAUACCCGCCGUAUGCCUGGCAGGCGACUCCAUUGGAGCCACCUCGGAGGGACUGGAGAGAUUGGUUCAUCAUGGCGACGGUGGUGAGCGGCGUCGGAUACGGACUGUACUCUCUGGGCAAGCGUUACAUCUACCCCUUAGUGGCGCCACCAACACCGGAACGCCUCGAACAGGAUAAGAAGUCAAUUGAUGAGCAAUUCGAGAAGGCGUUCGCGCUGGUGGAGCAACUGGGCAAGGACACGGAGGCGCUGAAAGCCGCAGAGCAGGAGAGGACCGAGAGACUAGACACGGCGCUCUCAGAACUAGAGACAGUCAUGGGCGACCUGAAGUCUGCUAAUCGGCGGAGAGAAGACGAGGCGCAAAGGAUCCGAGAUGACGUGCAAACCCUCAAAGACUCGAUCCCCAAGGCCAUGGACACGCAGAAAGACUCGACGGACAACCGGUUGCGAGAGGUCAAUGCGGAGCUCAAGAGUCUGAAGAUGUUGAUCACUCAGAGGAUGAACCCUACGGCAACAUCGGCGAGCGUCAGCAACUACCUCCGCCCCUCGGUUGCGAAUGCUGCUCCCACCAGCCCUGGCCAAAUCUCGACCGCGAGUGAGAAUGCGGAUGUCAAUGACAAGCCAACGGCGGAGGAACCGAAGGCGCAAGAACCGCAGGACUACAUCUCUGGCCUCAAUCGGAGCUCGCCGUUUGGGAUCGGAGCUCAGCAGUCCAAAGCAUCCAUUCCAGCCUGGCAACUGGCGAUGGCGACCAAGAACUCGGGCUCAUCAUCGGCGACUAAUGGUGCUGAGGCUAGCAGCAGCAGCUCGCAGUAAUGGAACUGCCGUGCGGUCCAUUGUUUUUCCAUGCUCAGCUGUAUGACGGGUGACAGCAUGAGAAUCGAUCAUGUAUUAUAAUACCGUGAGACACGGGAUGAAAUGCCUUUUGUCGGAUUUGCCGGUUACGGUCCUGAUGGGGAGUUCUGCUGUAGCACAACAUAUGGAUUGUUCAUGAACAUGUAUAUUUCUCUUUAGAUGAGUACCUAUGUGAUGGCAGGGUGGCGACAGUGGAUGCUCUACAUGAGUUACCCUGAACACUUCGCCUCGGGUAGUUUACAUUCCACAAGAAAAUGUAGAGAAACUGUUAGACGCCUAGCCUACUCGUUAUGGGUAUAUGCUAUGCAGUAAGAGACGCUCUCUUCUGAAGUAUGUAGG